AUCAGGCCCCACCCCCGACCCGGGCCCUGGACCAACUUGCAGCCCCGCUCUGCUUGAGUGCCCUGCAGGCAGGGAACGCUGACCAUGGCCAUGACUCUGGGUUACUGGGACAUCCGAGGGCUGGCUCACGCCAUCCGCCUGCUCCUGGAGUACACAGACUCCAACUACGAGGAGAAGAAGUACACGAUGGGGGACGCUCCUGACUAUGACAGAAGCCAGUGGCUGAGUGAGAAGUUCAAGCUGGGCCUGGACUUCCCCAAUCUGCCCUACUUGAUUGACGGGGCUCACAGGCUCACCCAGAGCAAUGCCAUCCUUCGCUACCUUGCCCGCAAGCACAACCUCUGUGGGGAGACGGAAGAGGAGAAGAUCCGCGUGGACAUGUUGGAGAACGAGGCGAUGGACACGGCCAAUCAGCUGGCAAGGGUCUGCUACAGCCCUGACUUUGAGAAGCAGAAGCCUGAGUACUUGAAGGUGAUCCCUGAAAAGAUGAAGCUCUUCUCACAGUUCCUGGGGAAGAAGUCUUGGUUUGCAGGGGACAAGCUCACCUACGUGGACUUCCUGGCCUACGAUGUUCUAGACCUGCACCGCACGUUUGAGCCCAAGUGCCUGGAUGCGUUCCCGAACCUGAAAGACUUCGUCGCCCGCAUAGAGGACCCCCAAUCCCAGCUCCCCAGGAUUUUAGAGCUCUCCAGCACCCCUUGUUCCUGCACAAAGCCAAUCGGACGGACCGUCCUUUCGGUGAUUGCUCCAUUUGGAGUAGCCCGACUGGACCCCCGGCCUGUGGAGCUCAGCCCUGAGCUCCCACCUCUGCUCUGCAGACCAGGACUGCCUGGGGGUGUGCAGGCCCUGCUCCCCCGCGUGGCCCCUGCCCGGCUGCUGAGCCCCAGUGAAGCCUGAUCGCACCUGCUGUGUCCUGUCUUAAUCCCUCCUGGCCACCGAGCUCACUCUCCAACAGGCCCUGCUGGGCCCCAGCGUCUGACUGUUGAUGCUGGCAGUGGCGGGUCCUUGGGGAUCCUGGGUGAGACAUCUUGUUCCCAUUUCUGACACCUUUGGAGCAGGACACCUCAUGGCUCUCGGUAGGACAUAUUCUUGUGGAGGUGGUACUACAGGCCACAGAUCACAGAGGGACUUCAAAAGCCGCCUGAGCCACUCAUACCCCGAAGCACAUGUGUGUCAGGAUCCAGGGUCGGGGCUGGAAUCCGUGGGCCUGGACAGCUGGGGGUCUGCAAGGCCCACACUGCGGUCCUGCGGGGAGGCCCCAGGCUCCUGGCGGAGCUCCCACCCGCGUCUGAUGCCUCUGCAGCAGUGCAGGCGGCUGGUCCCUCAGAGGCCACCUCUUCCCGCUGCACUCGCGCCACUGCACUCACCCCCACACUCUGUGUGACCACUGUGCUCCCGGUUCUGUUCCUCAGCAUCGGGGACACCUCGCUGGCGGGGCAGGCC